GGACAAUGCCUGCCACGCGUCCGAAUUCCUUCUAACCCCGUAGCGGCACGCCAGCGCACAUGCUGAAGGGCUUACCCUGCGUCUGGGGGACUCCUGCUUUGGGAAUCAUGCACUUAAUAUUCAGACUAGCUGUUUUCCUUAGCCUGUGGGGCUGUUCCAACGGUCAGGGACAAACGAAGGAAGAAAGCACAGAGGAAGUGAAAAUAGAAGUUUUGCAUCGUCCAGAAAACUGCUCCAAAACAAGCAGGAAAGGAGACCUGCUGAAUGUUCAUUACGACGGCUACUUGGCUAAAGAUGGUUCCAAGUUCUUCUGCAGCCGGACACAAGAUGAAGGCCAUCCCAAGUGGUUUGUUCUUGGUGUCGGGCAAGUCAUAAAGGGGCUGGACAUCGCCAUGACGGGCAUGUGCCCUGGAGAGAAGAGAAAGGUGAUUAUACCGCCUUCAUUUGCAUAUGGAAAAGACGGUUAUGCAAAAGUCAAGAUUCCACCCAACGCAACUCUGAUUUUUGAGAUUGAACUUUAUGCUGUGACCAAAGGACCGCGGAGCAUUGAAACAUUUAAACAAAUAGACACGGACAACGACAGGCAACUCUCUAAAAUGGAGAUAGAGCUUUACUUACAGAAGGACUUUGAAAAUGAUCCAAAGUCCCAUGACGAGUCGUACCGGAAUGCAGUUUUGGAAGACAUCUUCAAGAAAAAUGACCACAAUGGAGACGGCUUCAUUUCUCCAAAGGAAUACAAUGUGUACCAACAUGAUGAGCUAUGAAUUUAUUUUACUUAUUUGCUGGUAACUUACUGUACUUUGCUUU